GAAGAAGAACUAUUCUUUCACGAAACGGAACACGAAUAGGAUGUCUGCCGGUAGAUACGGAGCCAUUAAUAGAUGACUGGAAUCUAGACCGAUAUUAAUAAUGGCUGGCCUACAGCCUCAGGACGAUCUUUUGAAAAUGUCCCACGGAGAAACUUGGAAGAUGCAGCACGAGAGGUUGCAUGUAAAGCACCGAGGUCAUGAGGCCAUGCAUGCCGAGAUGGUUCUUAUUCUCAUCGCCACACUAGUGGUCGCUCAGAUUGUCCUGGUUCAGUGGAAACAAAGACAUUGCAAAUCCUACAAUAUGGUCACACUAUUGCAGAUGUGGGUGGUUCCGCUGUACUUCACUAUUAAGCUUUACUGGUGGCGUUUCCUGUCUACAUGGGGCAUGUUCUCCGUCAUCACCAGCUAUGUCAUAUUCAUAGCCACGCGCAAACCUCUCUCCCGCAGAACCCCUCGGAUGGUCUAUAAGUGGUUCCUCCUCAUUUACAAGCUGAGCUACGCUGUGGGUGUGAUUGGAUAUCUCGCCAUCAUGUUUACCAUGUUUGGAUUCAACGUUUUUUUCAGGAUUAAAGCAGAAGAUUCAAUGGAUGUUGGUGUGAUCAUGCUUUUCUACGGUCUGUACUAUGGGGUAAUGGGACGUGACUUUGCUGAAAUCUGCUCAGACUAUAUGGCAUCCACUAUAGGGUACUAUAACAUGGGUGGCAUGCCGUCCCGAAACCUUAGUGAUGAUGUGUGUGCUGUGUGUGGUCAGAAGAUUUUUGUGGAUGUAGAUGAAGAAGGCAUCAUUGAGGACACCUACCAGCUCUCCUGUAACCACAUAUUUCAUGAAUUCUGUAUUCGUGGCUGGUGCAUCGUGGGAAAAAAGCAGACGUGUCCAUACUGCAAUGAGAAGGUGGACCUCAAAAAGAUGAUGAAUAACCCCUGGGAGAGAACGCAUGUUCUAUAUGGACAACUUCUGGAUUGGUUGAGGUACCUGGUAGCCUGGCAACCCAUCAUAAUUGGAAUCGUGCACGGAAUAAAUUUUUCACUUGGACUUGAAUAAACACCUACAAGUAUUUGAUUCUGUUGAAAUCUGUGCAUGUGUUGACCUUUUUGAAUAUUUAUUUGUAAAUUGGACAAAUUGUACACUUUAUAAUAUAAAUCCAACAGCAGCUUUUGCUUUUUAAUUUAUUAGACACACAGAAACAUUCAUUCAGACAUGCACAGAAGUGACCUACGCUGAUACAUCAGAGACCUACAGAAGCCCCUCUAAAGCUGCUGUCUAUUACUCCUAAUCAGAACUGUGCCUCAUAUCAUCCAUCUGGCUGUCUGUCUGUCUAAACGUUUAGCAUUUUAUUGGUGGGUUUUAUGUAAUUGUGGAUAUUGAAUGAUUAUGUUUUUAUCAGGGUAAAAUGAAGAGGGGUGAGAGGUGAUUGGCAAAAUCAGUGUUUUUUGUUUUGUUUAACAUUAAGCUUGUCAAGAUGUCAAACCCCAUGAUGCAACCUGCUCUGUUGAAAAUAAAACCAUUUUUAUGUGGUUA